GUUAGCAGAGUCUAACCUACGCCUGCACAAAGUGGCAUCAAAUUGCAGUCAAGUCAUGGAAGCCUUCCCUACUGAGGAUCGAGCAAAGGACUUAAAAGAUUUGGAUCUUGGAGUGGACCCCCUCCCAGUUCAGAGGAGCUUAGGACUCUGUUGGGACCUACAAUCUGAUAGUUUCACCUACCAUGUGCCAAAAGACUCCAAACCUUUCACAUGUAGGGGAGUAUUGUCGACAGUAAACAGCCUCUACGACCCUUUGGGCUUGGUCGCACCCAUAGUAAUGCAGGGAAAAGCAUUACUCAGAGAACUGUCAUGUGGAAUGAAAGACUGGGAUGAACCUCUACCUCCUGAAAAACAUGAGAAGUGGGUAUUGUGGAAAAACUCAUUGCAAGCCCUUGAAAGCCUCCAAAUACCAAGGUGCUACAGCUCGGGUACGUUAAGCACAAUGAGACUAAAAGAACUGUGCAUUUUCUCUGAUGCCUCCCUUAUAGCCAUUGGGGCAGUAGCUUAUCUGCAUACAGUUAGCUGUGAUGGACAGCACCAUGUUGGGUUUGUUAUGGCAAAGUCUAAGCUCGCACCCCGUCCUGCACACACAGUACCACGCCUAGAACUUUGUGCUGCGGUGCUUUCAGUAGAAA